UGAGUCAUUUUAAUAGUUAAGAAAUCGUUGAGCUCUUAAUUAGGUCCCCUACUAAAAAAUUAGCUGCCGUUUGCAAGUCUAUUAAGAGCCAUAAGCAGCCUCUACUUUCUAGCUGCUUCACAGAAAUUUAGAGAGAGAGAGAGAGAGAGAGAGAGAGAGAGAGAGAGAUGUCUGACGCUGCUGUGCAAUAUCUCUUGGAAAGCCUCAAACAGCUUGUACUCUACAAUGCUAAGUUGAUCAUCAAUGUGAGGGGCGAAGUUGAUGGUCUUAUACGCGAUCUUCCAUUGAUGAAAGCCAUAAUUGAGGUUUCGACAGAGAUGGGCAGAGAGGAUGCUGUCGUGAAAGAGCUGGUGAGUCGCAUCAGAGCUGUGACUUUCGAGGCAGAAGAUGCUGUCGAUGCCUACAUGGUUGAGGCCACUAGUUAUAACCAUAAGGGCAAAAAAUGGCUCCAGAAAGUGUUCGGUGGCAUUAGUCAUGCUUCUAAGCUUCGCGACGUUGCAAAGAACGUUCAAACCAUAAAGGAAGAAGUGGACAAAAUGAACAAUUACCAGAUGUUACGUGAAGCCCUUCAACGCAGAGGCCCUGCUGGCCGAAGGAGGAUGGAGAGGAGGCUCCCCGAUGUUGAAAAAGACAACGUGGUGGGAUUUGACGAAGCAACAGCAACGCUAAUUGAUCGGCUCACCGGAAAAACUGAAGACCUACAAGUAAUCUCGAUCAUAGGUAUGGGCGGGCUGGGCAAGACAACUCUGGCUAAUAAGGUGUAUAACGACCCUAUAGUUUCGCAUGAAUUUUCAACUCUCGCCUGGAUUUAUGUAUCUCCAACUUAUAGCAAAGAUAAGUUGUUCCUUUCCAUUCUGAAAGGUGUUACUCAAGUCACAGGCGACAUGUCUAACAUGGGUGAAGACGAGUUGGCUGAAGAAGUCCGUCGCCAACUCACUUGGAAAUAUUUAAUUGUUGUGGAUGAUGUGUGGGAGAAGAAGGAUUGGGAUAGCAUUAAGAAGGCUUUCCCCAACCACAAAAACGGAAGCAGAAUCUUGCUAACGACUCGAUUCAAACCUGUGGCUGUGCAUGCUGAUCAGCGUAGCCCACCAUAUGAAUUGGAUUUUUUAACUCACGAUCAAAGUUGGGUGCUGCUCCAGAAGAAGGUUUUUGAUGGAGGAGAUUGCCCUCAAGAAGACUUGAAGGAUGUCGGAAUUCAAAUUGCAGGAGAAUGCGAUGGUCUACCACUCGCAGUUGUGGUAAUUGCCGGAAUACUUCAAAACGACAUAUCCACGGGUGCGUGGGAGAUCAUAGCUAAAAGUGUCAAGGCAUUCCUUGUCAGGGAGGAAGAGGGUUUGAUGGAAGUGCUAGCUCUUAGCUACUAUCACUUACCGCCUCACUUGAAAGGAUGCUUCCUUUAUUUUGGAGUCUUCCCACAAGACUACAAGAUCCCUUUCUGGAUACUGAUCCGAUUAUGGAUUGCCGAGAGAUUUGUACAAACAUCUGAGAAUGUAUGCUUGGAGGAGAUGGCCGAGGAGCACUUGAAGGAUCUGGUUGCGAGAAACCUAUUGUUGGUGGAACAAAGGAGUUUCAGUGGUCGAAUCAAAACAUGUCGUAUUCAUGAUAUGUUGCGCGAUUUGUGCUUGAGAGAAGCUCAAGCAGAGGACUUCUUAUUCGAGAUCAAAGAGGGUGGGAGUACCCCCGCUGUAAGUACCAUCAAUCGUCGCCUUUGUAUUCAUUCUGGUGUUUUGAAAUACAUUGCUACCAAACCUUCUCGCCCCCAUGUCCGCUCUUUCUUGUGCUUCGCCAAGGAUCAAGUCAACCUACCCCCUGCACAUGUAGGAUACAUCCCUGACGAGUUUAAAUUGCUGAGGGUAUAUCACAUUCAGCCCAUUAGUUUUCCCCGAUUUCCCAGUGAGAUAGAACAAUUAGUUCAUCUCACUUAUGUAGCCUUCUCCGGUGACUUCAAAACUAUUCCUGCUGCCGUGUCCAACCUUUGGAACCUACAAACUCUUAUUGCCGAAACAUCCUCACGCACCACACGCACCAUUGACAUUAAAGCAGACAUUUGGAAAAUGUUGAAGUUGAGGCACCUGCAUACAAACAAGCCCAGUCAGUUGCAUGACCCUGUAGCCAAAAAAACUGAGGGUCAUGAUAGCCUACAAACCCUUACCACCGUCACGCCCCAGAGUUGUACUGAGGGUGUCUUAGGCCGGACUCCAUGCCUAAAGAAGCUUGGAAUCCGUGGGAAACUAGCCACCCUCCUUGAGGAGAAGGGAGGGUCUCUUUUUGAUAACCUUACCACGUUAGAACAACUUGUGACAUUGAAGUUGUUGAAUGACGUAUUCCCUGAGCCUCCUUCUGAAUUUAAACUCCAGAGACUUCCCCCGUGCAACAAAUUCCCACCAAACUUGAAAAGGCUAACCUUUGCCGAUACCUUUCUUGAGUGGGAGCAAAUGCACGUGCUGGGGAUGUUGCCAAAACUUGAGGAGCUCAAGUUAAAGGACAACGCGUUCACAGGGGUAAGGUGGAGUCUAGUCGACGGGGAUUUCCAGAAACUCAAAGCUUUGCAAAUUUGGAAGACAGAUCUGGUGUACUUGGUGGCCAAAGCUGAUCAUUUCCCAAGCCUUCAGCACAUUGUUCUUAAGGACUGCACCAAGCUAUGGGAGAUCCCUUCUAGUUUGGGCGAUGUAAAAACACUCCAGACAAUCAAGCUUCAUCAAACGUCACGUACCGCUGCAGAUUCUGCCAGGAAAAUCAAACAGCAGCAGCAAGAAAGCAAGCUUAAGCUUGAUAUCUUCCCAUCGGAUCUUUGACAGGGCUCAUCUCCAGGUGAUAAUUCAGAUGGCAAUUGAUGAUUUGCAGCACCUUUGGAACCCACCUGUUGGACCUCUAGGGCGUCAUUUGUCUCGUAUUUGUGUUUAAUGAAGUAUUAUUGUUUGUUUUGUAGUAUAAGUUGUAUUUGAAUAAAUGGUGGAUGUGUGGAUCCCACUGACACGUAUGGUCGUUCAUUUGAACUCUUGCAUUUUGGUAUAAUUUAGCACUCGUUUACAAUA